ACACCCUGACGCAACAACACGCCACGGUCGCCGAACCUUCGCGGACGGCUUAAACACAACAAGCAGCUCCGACUCUUCGACCUUACACAGUCCAUCGAAGCCUUGAGUGCAACUCCCUCUCAUAGGAACCCCACUAUCGAAUCCUUAAAGCUGCUGGCAGCGGGGUGGCUCUGACUCCAAGUCUGCGAUAUAUCUGAACAGGACCGAGGACGACAGACAGACCCAGCGAACAUGACUUCACAGCGACCAUUCUUCGGCAACUUCCUCGCAGCAUUCCGAGCGCACUCGCAAUCCAUUCCCAAAACCUCCACAUCCCUAUCCAACGGCGCAGCAGCAUCUCUAUGGACAGCAGCACCGCAACAACGACCAAAGUCAACAUCACCCGACCCCGAACAAACAUCACAAAAGACCGCCCACCCCAAGACAAAUCCAUACAACCCUGCAUCUACCACCGCAGCACAAGACCGACAACUAGUCCAACAGCUCCCACCACUCCAACACAACGUAAGCCCGCAGACACACCUCGCACGUCCUCCCACCUCGCCCGGUCUCCCGAUCUACGGCCCAGAGAACAAGCCACGACCGAAUUACCCUUCUGCACAAGAAGUUCGACGGUCGAGAAGAAGAGGCAGCGACAGCAGUUCUGACUCGGGCGGCUUCCGAGAAGUACGCGGAGGUGCGGGAGAGAAGUGGUUUAUUGGUGGUCUGACGGCCGGUGGAGAGGAGAAGUAUUACAAGCUGAGCAUGGUCAAGCGGGACAAGAGCUCAGAUCGUAUCUCGACGGAUCAAAUGAGCUUAUGA